AUGGCUGCCUCCAGGGUGAUCGCGUCCGGUAUCCGAUGUGGCGCCUGCCGCACGCGUUUCUCCAGGUCAAUUGUCUCGCUCGCUGGCCUCGAUUCCUCCGCCGCCGCCCGGCCAUCUGCUCGCGCGACCACCAGGCCUUUUACUACCGCGCCAUUGCGCCUCUCCGACGACCACACCAGAAAGGAGCCGCACCUGGACGAUGCCGAAUCCGCUCCUGCAACAACCUCUCCAUCCGCAGACCCCCAGGCUGCGUCGGUGCCUUGGUACCUCCAAGUCGAUGCGCCCCAACAGCCGCUCGACGCCUCCGCACACCCAUUAGCCGACAGACAUCGUAUCCCCGCACUCCCCGACCACCCCCCGGAAAUUCUCGAGGGCUUUCUUCAAUAUGUCUCUGUAGACCUUGGCAUCGACGACCUCUCUCUCCUCGAUUGUCGGCACCUGGAUCCGCCGGCGGCGCUUGGCGCCAAUCUGCUGAUGCUCUUUGGGACGGCACGCAGUGAGAAACAUCUUCACGUGUCUGCAGACAGGCUCUGUCGGUGGCUGAGGACCGAGUACAAGCUGAGCCCUCACGCUGAUGGCCUGCUGGGCCGGAAUGAGUUGAAGCUGAAGCUGAGACGAAAGGCGCGAAAGGCGAGGAUGCUUUCGAAUGCUGGCGUGCCCGAAAGUAGUCUUGCUGCUGAUGACGGCAUCCGAACCGGCUGGAUCUGUGUCAAUGUUGGCUCCGUCAAGGCCGCCGAGUCCACCCCAAAGGCCGAUACAGAAAUCAAAGGCUUCGUUGGCUUUGGUGGAAAAUCAAAGGGCGUGAGCAUUGUCCUGCAGCUGUUCACAGAGGAGAAGAGGGCUGAGCUUGAUCUUGAGCAUUUGUGGAAUGGGGUGUUGAAGACUGACCGCAGGAGGAAGGAAAUGUCGACUCCCGACGACGAACUCACCCAACGCAUGGACAAAGCGCACAACCCUAAUGGUGUUGUACUUGCUGACACCAGUGUCGCUGAAAGCUCGAACCCGUUUCAACAUACUGAUCCUCGGGCCCCGUUGCAGACCCGCGCGUUCCACACUACAAGAGCGAAAGCAAACGGUACGAGAAUGGCGUUUGAAAGAGCUGGGAAUCACUCUUUGGCUAACAAUGGGUUAAGGCCUAGGGGAGUACCAAUGAGUACUAUUUCGGAUUCAAGGAACUCUCCGUUCAACGACGAGACUUCCUUGAAAAUCCGCUAUGGGGCACGGCCAGACGAAUAUGGUGAUGCCAUAGCGCUUGCCAAGAGGCUUGAGCUGUUGCGCCAGAUGCCUACGGAGGAAAAAUUGAAAGCUUUGGGAACCGGAGAUUGCCUACAAGCGAAUAACUCAACCCCUUUUCUCAAGGGUUUCUAUGAAUGCGUCCCCGAGAACCCAGGUGUCGUCCACUAUGAAGCAAUCAUGCAGCUUUACCUUAUUGCUCGAUCGGUCGAUCACCCGAGCUACUCGGUCUUCUUCAUCCAAAACCUACUCCGAGAAAUGCAAGUUGCAGGGAUUCGCGUUCCGGAACACAUGUUUCUUGCCAGUCUCCGCACCUUUCUAUCAAGCGAACAUCCCGGCGAGAAGUAUGAGGACAGUGCGCGCCGGCGAUACCAGAUCGUGUUUUCCAUCCUCUACGCAAUGCAAGGCCAUUCUUAUGCCUUUCUCACAGACGAGAUCAUCCUGAUGCUUCACAAGUCUGUCUCAACGCCUCCCAGCGACCUCAAAGCCCAACUCCAGGAUCCAGUGAACGUGGAGAGGCGAAAGGAGUACAACUCAUCCGUUCGCCAUGAACUCCUGCACCAAAUAGACAUGCUCGACAUACCUCUGAAGCGCCAAACCUUUGCCGAUUUACUCACAAACCACGCUAUGCUGGGGGACAUGGACGGCAUGUGGCACGUCUGGAGCUCCACGGCUUUGGCCAUGUACUCCAGAUCGGCAUACAUGUACGCGGUGGCCCUGAACGGCGUUGCGUUUACCGGUAACCAAAAAGACUGCAUCAAAGCCGUACGAGAUUGCGUCAUCACGAUGGGGCAAGAGGUGCCUCCAGUGGAACUGGAAGGUGAUGUCCGGGACGCAUUGAUGAGAUGCCUCCUGGUCAUCGAACCGGAUAUAGAUACGUCUUGGGAGCGUGGCGGCAGAAAGGGAGAGUGGUUGAGCCUUUGGGAUCGGUGCAUGCGAGACCUACAAGAUGAGAGGGCAAAGCAGAAAGCGGCUCCAAAAAGGCCAGUGCCUAAGGGCGGUGUGCUGAAGUCAUCUAUGAGCAAUGUAGACUACCAAGAAGACACGAGCAUUGCUCAUCCUCUCCCCAAACUUCGGUGGUGGAAAGUCAUGAAAUACAGCCGAUCUAUUUCCAUGUUGGGUCUUCUUAUCGAUAACCAAAUUGUGUCUCCGGCAAUUUUCUAUGCCGCAUCGUCUCCUCCGAAGCGUCUCCCAGCGCUUCACCAGGACUCGCCCAUCAUGUCCGCCCGCAAAAGAAACGAAUGGCUCGAGACCGACGACGCCAGCGACGAUGAGGACGCCGGCUACAACUCGGAAGCCGAGGAGCAGGGCAGGAGCCGCGCAACGGCGCUCGCCGGCCGCGCUUCCAAGCGGCGCAAGGUCGACGAGUCGGACGACGAAUCCGCAGACGACGACGACGACAACGACGGCUUUGAUCCCUCCCUGCUGCGCAAGGCGGAUGCCAGGAGCGUCCCCAAGCCCGCCGGACUCGCCGCCGAAGAAGACAACGCACCGGAGGAGGAAGAAGCGGACGCCGCCGCCGCCGCCGCCGACGACGACGACGACGGCAACGACGACCCGCUAGAACCCGCCGCGGCGGCCAAGAGGCCGCUGAGCGCGAAGAAGCUGGAGAAGGCGCAGAAGGCGGUCAAGAAGACGGGCGUCGUGUACCUGUCGCGCAUCCCGCCGUUCAUGAAGCCGGCGACGGUGAAGUCGCUGCUGAGCCAGCACGGCGCCGUGGGCCGCGUCUUCCUGACGCCCGAGGACCCGGCCGCGUACCGCCGCCGCAAGCAAGGGGGUGGCAACAAGAAGAAGUCGUACGUCGACGGCUGGGUCGAGUUCGUCGACAAGAGGGACGCCAAGGCGUGCGUCGGCCUGCUCAACGCCAAGAUCGUCGGCGGCAAGAAGGGCGGCUACUACUACGACGACGUGUGGAACAUGCGCUACCUCACCGGCUUCAAGUGGCAUCACUUGACGGAGCAGAUUGCCAACGAGAAUGCGGAGCGCGCGAGCAAGAUGAGGGCGGAGAUCUCGAGGAGUACGAGGGAGAACAAGGAGUUCAUCCAGAAUGUGGAGCGGGCAAAGAUGUUGGAGGGCAUGGCGGCGAAGAAGAAAAGUAAGAGUGCAGGAAAGCAGGGUGUUGCGGCGCCUGUACCGGAUGGGAAGGAUGUUAGGAGACAAUUCAAGCAGGCGGAGGUCAAGUCGAAGAAAACGAAGGAUGUGCCCGAACAGCCGGCAGAGGUCAAGAGGGUGUUGUCGAAAAUCUUCUAA